AUGCACCUUUCAACGCUAAACGCCCUACCAGGCAAAAAAAUCAUCGCGCACUACGGUCUUGUCACAGGAUCAACCGUUGAAACACGGCACAAAGGACAACAUAUUGCUGCCGCAAUUCGCACCAUCUUUGGCGGUGAAGUCAUGUCAUAUUCUAUUCUUUUAGAAAAAGCCUACAAAAAGGCCUUAGAGAGACUGAUUCGACAAGCCAAACAAACUGAAGCAAAUGCCAUUAUUGCUAUUCGAUUUGCCACGACAAACGUGUCUCUCCAAGCCGCAGAGCUCUACAUUUAUGGGACGGCUGUUCGUGUUGAGGAUUGCGACCAUGAUUGA